UGAAAGGGGAUCUGAGUGGCACAUCACAGUUUCCACUCUGUCCUUUUUGCACAGGUGCUGGAGAGGGCUCACGGCGGCCUGGGGGAUGGGUCAGGAUUUCCAGCAAUGGGGCGUUGCAAGGGCAGAGUGGUCAUCAAUGGUAGAGAGGGAAAGUUGGUGUGCAAUAGAUCCUGCCAUAUAAUUGAGUUCCUGCUUUGCUUAUUGUCUAAGUAAGUUUUUAAACUUCUAUCCAUCUAUACUAACAAUGUUCUCUUUUUAAGUUACAGAAACCUGAUGAAAACUCAGGGUGCUCUAUGUAGAGAAUAUGCAUGUCUUUGCAUAUAAAUUCUGUAUGGUUUUGUAAAACCUACUUGUUUUUUCUGUUUCCUAUUCUUUAUAGACUCUUUUUUCUUCCUCCGUCUCUUAAUAAUUAUGCUUUGUUUUUCUAUCUUCAUAUUAAAAAAUUAGUUGAGUGCUGUAUUUUCUAUUUGGUAUAUACACACACACACACGUGUGUGUGUGUGUGUGUGUGUGUGUGUGUGUGUGUGUACCCAUUUAUUUUUAAAGUUUAUUUGUUUAUUUUGAGAGAGAGGGGAAGAGAGAGAAUCCUAAGCAGGCUCCAUGUUGUUAGUGCAGAGCCUGACAUGGGCUCGAUCCUGUGAACUGUGAGAUCAUGACCUGAGCCGAAAUCAAGAGUUGGAUGCUUAAUGGACAGAGCCACCCAGGCGCCCCUGUUUGGUUUGUUAAUGUUCAAUCACAGUAAAUCAUUUUCUUACAUGUUUUGUAAUUUCUAAAUUAUAGGCUUAUCUUCAUUUGAGAUUUUUGUUGUUGUUGUUUGGUUUAGUUUUUCUAGCUUAUAGAGGUCCCAUGUGGCCUAUAGAGUGUUACUCUAGAGUGGUUUCAUUUCUUCUGGAUACUCCAGGGAUAUCACAAGCCUCGGACCCAAUUUUAUCUUAAUUUUUGAGUUUGAAGAUUCUCAUAGAAAUAAGAUUUAGACUUGAGAACUGUUGUGACACAGGUGUAGGGUUUUAAUUUCUGGUUGUUGUAUUUCCCCUAUGCUUUUACCCAGAUUCCCAGAGACAGGUUGUCUUGAAGUCUUACUAAGACAGUGGGUGGAUUUGUCCUGUUCCCUGCAUCAUUUUUUGACUGUGAUUGCAGCCUUUUGAAAAUAGCUCUGGUUUUUUGAAAGGAUCUCAGUACCAACUUUAUACCUUGUGUGUCUGAGAGCUCUUUCUCUGCCUGCACAUGGUCAUCAGGGUACAGUUGGGUAGGUGGUAUCCUGUGUUGAGGAAAAGCAGGGCCAGAAAUCUAGACUCUUCUUCUGAGAGAAUACUUUCUUCCCAUCUCAUUGCUUGAGAGGGCAUCUCCUUACCAAUUUCAGUUAGGCCAAAGUGCUAAGGUGAUUCCUGUGGUCAUUUCUGGAGGCCAUAACUGGCAGUAUUUACUUUGGUGCAUACCACUUUGGCCCUUGGUUCUAGCUUUGGUGUAGCACCAGGGGAUUUUCUUUGUCGUAAGUGAAGCUGUGUUAUUUCUUUUUAAAUUUUGUUACACUCUUUUUCAUUUUUUCUGUGUGUUUGCAGUGGAAGGUCUUCAUUAGCUCAGUUAACCACGUUGCUGUACCUGGAAUUUCUUCCAGUUACUUAUUAACCUCUGUUCCUCAGAUUCCACCGCUAACAAUGGGAAUAAUAAUAGUGUCUGUCUGUAUGGUGUUAGUUUGGAGCACAUCUUAAGUUCUCAGUCAUUGUUAGCUAUUAUUAUUUGCACCAUUUACAGCUUUACUUUAGCACCUUAGGGAAGAGUUGGAAAUGAAGUGGUUGUGUUUCUUAACAAGAAGAGGAAGUCUUAGUUAACGCCCUAGAGAAACCAGAGGAGAAACUUUGUUCACUAUAGUAAAAUGCCGAAACUGAAGCUUAGAGUCCCACCCUUUCUGUUGGUAUGCCGAAGGUCACUUGGCACCCAGAGUGAGCUGAGAGGAAUGUCCUCUCAAUAUUGCCUGGCGGAUCGCUUAGAGGAGUCUUGCUUGGAUUGUGUGGGUAGAACAGAGGAGUGAAAACCACAAUGAAUGGUCAUAUUUCUAAUCAUCCCAGUGGCUUUGGAAUGUAUCCAUCUCAAAUGAAUGGCUACGGAUCAUCACCCACCUUUUCCCAAAUGGACAGAGAACACGGUUCAAGAACAAGUGCAAAGGCCCUCUAUGAACAAAGGAAGAGUUAUGCCCGGGACAGUGUCAGCAGCGUGUCCGACACAUCCCAAUACCGUGUUGAGCACUUGACUACCUUUGUUCUGGAUCGGAAAGAUGCAAUGAUAACUGUGGAUGAUGGAAUAAGGAAGCUGAAAUUGCUUGAUGCCAAGGGCAAAGUGUGGACUCAAGAUAUGAUUCUUCAAGUGGAUGACAGAGCUGUGAGCCUGAUUGACUUAGAAUCAAAGAAUGAACUAGAGAAUUUUCCUUUAAACACAAUCCAGCACUGCCAAGCUGUGAUGCAUUCCUGUAACUAUGAUUCAGUUCUUGCCCUGGUGUGCAAAGAGCCAACUCAGAACAAGCCAGAUCUUCAUCUUUUCCAAUGUGAUGAGAUUAAGGCAAACCUCAUUAGUGAAGACAUUGAAAGUGCAAUCAGUGACAGUAAAGGAGGGAAACAGAAGAGGCGGCCCGAAGCCCUGAGGAUGAUUUCAAAAGCAGACCCUUGUAUACCGCCUCCACCAAGAGCUCCUGCCCCAGUGCCCCCUGGGACUGUUACCCAGGUGGAUGUUAGAAGUCGGGUGGCAGCCUGGUCUGCGUGGGCAGCUGACCAGGGGGACUUUGAGAAGCCAAGGCAGUAUCAUGAGCAGGAAGAAACGCCUGAGAUGAUGGCAGCCCGAAUUGACAGAGAUGUGCAAAUAUUAAACCACAUUUUGGAUGAUAUUGAAUUUUUUAUCACAAAACUCCAAAAAGCAGCUGAAGCAUUUUCUGAGCUUUCUAAAAGGAAGAAGACUAAGAAAGGUAAAAAGAAGGGGCCAGGAGAGGGCGUUUUAACUCUGCGGGCAAAACCUCCUCCUCCUGAUGAAUUUAUUGACUGUUUACAAAAGUUUAAACAUGGAUUUAACCUUCUGGCCAAACUGAAGUCUCAUAUCCAGAAUCCAAGUGCUGCAGAUUUGGUUCAUUUUUUAUUUACUCCAUUAAAUAUGGUGGUGCAGGCAACAGGAGGUCCUGAACUAGCCAGUUCAGUACUCAGCCCCCUGUUGACUAAGGACACAAUUGAUUUCUUGAAUUAUACUGUCAACGCUGAUGAAAGGCAGCUUUGGGUGUCACUGGGAGAAACUUGGAUGAAAGCCAGAGCAGAGUGGCCAAAAGAACAAUUUAUUCCACCAUAUGUUCCACGGUUCCGCAACGGUUGGGAGCCCCCAAUGCUGAACUUCAUGGGAGCACCGAUGGAACAAGAUCUUUAUCAGCUGGCUGAGUCUGUGGCAAAUGUAGCAGAACAUCAGCGCAAACAAGAGACAAAAAGAUUAUCCACAGAGCAGUCCAGUGUAUCAGAGUAUCCUCCACCUGAUGGGUAUGCAUUCAAUAACAUGUACACAAGAGUGCCCCAUCUGGACCAAGGGGAAGCUGCUGUGGCUUUUAAGCCAACUCCUAAUCUCCACGUAGAUAGAAAUUAUGAUCUACUAAAAGCACAACCCAAGAAGUAUGCCAAAUCCAAGUAUGACUUUGUGGCAAGGAACAACAGUGAGCUCUCAGUUCUAAAAGAUGAUAUUUUAGAGAUCCUUGAUGAUAGAAAACAAUGGUGGAAGGUUCGAAAUGCAAGUGGAGACUCUGGAUUUGUGCCAAAUAACAUUUUGGAUAUCGUGAGACCUCCAGAAUCUGGAUUAGGGCGUGCUGAUCCACCAUACACGCAUACCAUACAGAAACAAAGGAUGGAAUAUGGUCCAAGACCAACGGAUACUCCCUCUGCUCCAUCACCUCCUCCAACACCUGCUCCUGUUCCUGUACCCCUUCCUCCUUCUACUCCAGCACCUGUUUCUGUGCCAAAGGUCCCAGCAAAUGUAACCCGUCAGAACAGCAGCUCCAGUGACAGUGGUGGUAGUAUUGUGCGAGAUAACCAGAAACACAAACAACUUCCGGUCGACCGAAGGAAAUCUCAGAUGGAGGAAGUACAGGACGAGCUCAUCCACAGACUCACCAUUGGUCGGAGUGCCGCGCAGAAGAGGUUCCACGUGCCACGGCAGAACGUGCCAGUUGUCAAUAUCACUUAUGACUCCACACCAGAAGACGUGAAGACGUGGUUACAGUCAAAGGGGUUCAGCCCUGUGACUGUCAAUAGUCUUGGAGUAUUAAACGGUGCACAGCUUUUCUCUCUCAAUAAAGAGGAACUGAAGACAGUCUGCCCUGAAGGGUCCAGAGUCUUUAGCCAAAUCACUGUACAAAAAGCUGCGCUAGAGGAUAACAGCGGCAGCUCCGAGUUGCAAGAAAUCAUGCGAAGACGACAGGAAAAAAUCAGUGCUGCUGCUAGUGAUUCGGGAGUAGAAUCUUUUGAUGAGGGGAGCAGUCACUAAUUUGUUUUUAAACUCCAUUGAAAUGUUUGGCAUUAUUCCAAUGUGCUUUGUUUUAAGAAGCCAUGAAGGGAAUGUCAGAUCCUUAUUUCUUGGAAUACUUAAUUUAUCACCAUAAAGAAACAAUGCAAACAUAAGAAAUCAGAGGACUUGUUCCCUGGCCUAUUAUUUUUAUUAAAACUGAAUGAUUUUAAUAGAUGUUCUGCCCUUGGGAAAUAUUUUGCCUACUUUACCAAGGUGAGGUUUCCUUUAUUGGAUUAAUUAUUUCAUCCCCAUCUCAGUGGAUAAGCCAGCAUUUUUUUUUUUUUUGACAGUGGUGAAUUUAUUUCUUGCAGCAAAACAAAGAUAUUGCCCAUGAUUUAAAAUCUGUUGAUUUCAGUUUUGCCCAUGACUCUGGUGUCUGUCAUUCAGAGUGUAGCUUACUGUAGGCUAGCCUCUGCUUACUUAGGUCUCUUCUUUGACAUACUCAAUGAUAGAAUUAUUUAGAUUUAUUUAAAGUUCUUAAUGCCAACAGUUUUUUAAAAAAAUCAAAACAUUUAAUGAACUGUAAAAUACAACAAGGCCUUGGACAUGCAAAUAUAAACCUAUGGAACAUUCCCAAGACAUUUUAUGUAUCAUGGCUCUGUUGAUCACAACUCCUUGUAUAGCCUGUGUUUUGAUUUAGUUUAUAUUCUGCUUAUUAUCUAUAUUGUGUUCUUAUAUAUGAGAAAGCACAAGUGGAAAAGAGGUCAUAUGCCAUCAGAACGUAUCACAGGAAGUAGCCCACAUUGGUGUGCGUCACAGUAUUUUGCUAAUGAAAGCCUCAGUUCUGAAUAUUGAUAUAAGUAGUUAAAUGGAUAUUGGGGCCAUUUUAUGUGUUUAUCUGUGUCAAGUUUUUCUGGUAAUAAGAAACACUUAAUUUACACAUAUUUUAAUCCUGUGAAAGAUUCUAGAUAGAGAAAAGAAAGAUACUUAACCUUCAACAAAUGUUAUUUUUGGAAACACAAUUUUUGUCAUUAAAUGUUAUAUUAUUUCACAUAUAUAAAACAGAUGUUAUGUAAGAAUGUUGUAUAUUUUAACAUAAAUCCAUUUAGAGAGAUUAUCUAGAUUCAUUAAUUUUCAUAGUGCCUUUUUCAUAUGAGUCAGCUGGAAAGUCUGCAAUAAACAGUAUUUGCUGUAUGUUAAUAAA